CGUAUUCAUAUAGGAUUGACUACCUACGAAGUACUACACAAAUGUCUUCUCCCCGUUUAAUUGCAGUUGUUGGCGCCACCGGCGCGCAGGGUAUCCCCGUGGUGCGGGAUCUCCUACAAUCCGAAACCUACGCCAUCCGAGCGCUCACGCGCGACGCCUCCAGUGCCCGCUUCCGUAAGCUACAGUCCUUCGGGGCGGUGGAGCCUGUCGUCGGCACAUUUGCUUCCGAGAAGGACCUACGAGCGACCUUCCGCGGCGCGUGGGGUGCGUUCGUUAAUAUCGACGGUUUCAACUCCGGCGAGAAGACUGAAAUCUUCUGGUCCAUCCGGGCGUACGAACUGGCUAUCGAGGAGGGCGUGCAGUUUUUCGUGUUUGGAAAUCUUGAUUAUGCGUACAAGAAGAGUGGCUAUAGGCCGGAGUUCAGAACCGGCCAUUAUGAUGGAAAAGGACGUAUCGCCGAGUGGAUCCUGCAGCAGAACCGCGAAAACCAGAAUCGCAUGAAGGCAGCUGUUUUUACGACAGGGCCGUACAUGGAGAUGACCAUUUCCCGUAACACGCCCAUGGCCGUUCAUGUCGAGAACGGCGUGGCGACAUGGCGGCUUCCUCUCAAAGAUGGGGCCGUGCCAUAUGUCUCCCUCGAUGAUUGCGGUUACUACGUGAAAUGGCUAUUUGACCACCCCGAGCGAGCUAAUGGCCUCGACCUACAAGUCUCCAUAGACCACGUUGGGCUCGAGGAGCUAGCGCGUGCCUUCGAAAAAGUCACGGGGCACCCGGCGAGAGCCGUCGACGUCGGAUUCGAUGAGUAUUUCUCCCGGGUGUGGACGGGGGUGGACUCUUCGAGCCCCGCGGGGUAUAAUGCGGAUCCGGAGGACCCGGCGACGUUGAGUAUCAGGCAGAAUUUCUCGGGGUUUUGGACUACAUUUCAGAACUCCGGUGGGAAUCAGGGUGUCCUAACACGAGACUACAAGUUACUAGACGAGAUUCAUCCCGACCGCGUCAGGAGCGCGGAAGAGUUCUUUCGGCGAGAGAAUGAGAAAGGCAUUAAAGAGGGGCUUGGUACGCUCUGGGAGAGAAUCCAGCCAGGUAGAAUUGGUCACAUACUGAAGAUUACUGAGGACAGGAGAGCUGCCAUGAAGAACUCGCGCGAAGCCAAAAAGCCAGCGGGCGAGCACGCCGAGCACUUCCAGCGUCUUCGAAGCCGCAGGCUCAGCAUGCGAGAGCGAGAAGAACCGAAGCACAUCCCUGCGACGCUUCAAAGUCAGCGAGGCCAAGAGGUACCAGAGAUCGUAUUUCCCCAGCAUAUAGACCUGACCGCGAGGGGGCGAAGACCUUCCGCGUCCGGGAAGUUUUACAGCGGCAUACCCGGUCCCAAUGAGACCCAGACGCACAGGGUCCACUACCAGCAAAGGAAGCCGAGAUCCAUCGAUGCCGGCAUACCGGAAGAGGGGGCCAAGAUGAUGGCUCCGCUGAAAGAACCGGAACUGACAAGUUCUGCGAAAAUGGAGGUUCCUGAGGUCAGAGCGAUCCCGUUGGAUUUACCGAAAGAACCGGCUCCGAGUACGGUGCCUGACGCGACGUAUGAGCCCGCGCAUUUGCUGCGACAAAACGCUGCGUACUUUGACACGGACCAGGAUGGGAUUAUCUGGCCGAGGGAUACGUACAAGGGCUGCAGGAAACUAGGAUCGGGUAUCACGUACUCGUGUUUAACUGCGUUUGUCCUCCACUUAAUCUUCUCCUAUCCUACCGGUCACAGCUACAUGCCAGAUCUCCUGCUUCGCAUCCGAUACGAUAGUUCUAGCAACGGAGGCCAUACUACUAGCCAUGCGCCUUACGAUGAAAAAGGGCAGGCGAGACGUGAUCAAGUAUGCGAAAGUAUCCUGGGCAAGUACGACAGCGAUAAUAAAGGGGGUAUGAACCUCCGCGAUACCCUGCGUUUUUGGAGGGAUCAAAAACCCGUAUCUACUUUAUACAGCUCAAGUCUUAUUGGACUAGAAUGGCUGACUCUCUAUAUUGCACUCCGGCGGCGUAACGGGAUUAUUCCUAGCGAAGAUAUCCAUACGGCCUUUGACGGCAGCAUCUUAUUCAAGAGGUCCGAGGAGCGGCAGCGGAAGAACGAGAUGCACCAUAAGCACACCGAAAACGAAGCAAAAAAAGAGGAAGACAGGAGCGAUAAACGCUUCCAUCCGGUGAAGCUUGUCGUAGCAAUUAUCAUUGGGCUUGCCACUACCAUUUGGGCAUUACCAGGUUUACUUCGCAACCCACUAAGCUGGGGGAAGUACUGGUGGGUGAAAAACAACACUGCUCAAGGGUAG